AUGAUCAAAUCUCAUCAACUUAUCACUGAAGAUAUACUAUUAAAUCAAUUUCAAAUAAUCGUUCAUCAAAAGAGACGUUCAACAAAUUAUAUUCAACAAUCUUUGGUUAUUGGAAAAGAUACAACAAAUCGAGUUUUUCGUCAUAGAAUGCAACAUAUAUAUGCAAAUGAUAAUUCAUUACCUCAACAUGAUACAGAGUUGUAUACACAAUCGACUCAUCUACAUCAACAUCCUAUGCAUCAUCAUUUACAAUAUCAACAUGAAAAUCCUUCUCUUUCACCUCAACAAUCAUCAACAAGUGAUGCCGAUGAAACAUCAACACCACCACCAUCACUCAAUAGAGGAGUAAAUGUUACGGUUGCUGCUAAAAUAGUUAAGAAAAAAAAACAACCAAAAAAGAAACGUAAAGAUCCAAAUGAACCUCAAAAACCAGUUUCUCCCUAUGCACUUUUCUUUCGUGAUACACAGAAUGAUAUCAAAAAGAAAUUAGCUAAUCCAUCAUUUGGAGAAAUUUCAAAAGUUGUUGCUCAUAUGUGGGAAAAUAUUGAACCAGAAGUUAAAGAACAAUAUAAACGUAAAGCAGCAGCAGCUAAAAAAGAAUAUCUUAAACAAUUAGCUGCAUAUCGUGCUGUUCAAGUUUCACAUCAAACACCUACUAUGCAUCAUAUACUUGGACAAAAUACAUUAUCAUUUGAUCCAAAUUCAAUGCAAAUACCAACAUCAAUUCAACAUCAACAAAAACAAUAUAAUACAUCAGGUAUUGGUGGACCUAUGAUGAGUGAUAAUAAUAAUUUUUUAUCACCAUCUCAUCAUCAUCAUCAUCACCUUGCAUCUUACAAUCAUCAUCAUCAUCACCAUCAUAAUCUUCAACAAUAUUGUCCUCCUCCACCACCACCACCACCUCCUCCUCCGACGUCAAUGCAACAACAAUUUAAUAAUUAUCAUUAUAUGAAUACAUAUUCACAAGAUACAUCACAUGUUUAUAAUCCAUCCGAUUCACAAAUACAUUUUUCCAAUCAUCAACAUCAUUUUGAUACACAACAAACAUAUAAUACUUAUGAUUCAAAUAAUAAUUUUGGAGAUCAACAACAAUAUGGUCUACUUCGACCAGCUAUUGAAUCUGAACUUUAUUCAUCAUAUUAUACACAAUCAUCAAAUGAUGUUGAUCAUUCAACUAUUGAUCAAUCAUCCAUAUCAUCAAUAGCAAAUGAAAAUUUAUUACAUAAUUUAAAUAAUAAUAAUACAACAUCAACAAAUAAUAGUAGUAAUAAUACACCACAUUAUACGGAUUUAACAGCUAUGCCAAUAUCAACAACAAAUGGAAUUAUUGAAAAACAUUAUGAUUUUGUUAGUAGUAUUCAACAUGGUACAACAACAUUGAAUGAUAUUGAUAAUCAUAAUAAAGACGAUGAUCAAUCUACAUUACCUAUAAGCAAUGAAAAUAAUUUUCAUUGGAAUCAAACAACAUGUCUAGCCACUCAGUGGUGA